UCAGCCUGUCGUUAGAGGUCAUCUGAGACCAGCCAAAGUCAUCUGAUGCCGGCCAAGGUCAGCUGAGGUCAGCCCAGGUCAGCACGAUGCGGUGCGGCAGCUGGCGGUCGCUGCUCAGCCAGCUGUCUUUCUCCAGAGGGCUGCGCCUGAUCAUCUUCGCCGCCUGUCUCACCGCCUUUCUCGUCCUGAGCAGCGUAAGCCUGACGAAGUGGGUAAGGGCUGAUGUGGUCAAGUCGUUCGAGGUGGACGAGAAGGCGCGCCAGACGUUCGCCGUCACCCUCUGCAGAAUCCAGGAGGAGAUCUUCAAGUCGGAUGUCUACCAGAACAUCACGGGCAGACGGCUGCAGCACCUCUCCGACCCGGCCUCUUUGCUGGCCGCCCAGUUCCCCUGGGACGGGGCCGACCUGGAGCAGGCCCUCUGGAGCGUGACCUACGACUGGCGCGACCUGGUCGCCACCUGUGGCAGCUUCUACAACCAGCCGUGCGCCGCCUCUGACGUCACCAGCGCCCUCUACCACUACGGUGGCCAGUGUCACACGGUCAGGUUCGAUGACGAAGCGGCCGAGGGUGUGCAGAAAGGGCUCUGGCUGUCACUGCGAAAACAACACUGCCAGCGAUGCGGUCGUCACCACUGGAACAUCUUCGUGCACUCGGCCAUCGAUCAUUUCAUGGACUGGGAGCACGUAUGGGCACCGCCGAAGGCCCAGCUGGAGGUGGGCAAGGAGCAAAACUUCAAGGUGAAGAGAACGUUGGAGGUGACGCUGCCAACAGCCAGUCGACCAUGUAGUCAAGACAGAAACUACUCAAGGCCUAAUUGCAUGCGCUCGUGCUUGUUCCGGACGCUGGGUGAACUGGGCCCCGGCUGCCGGCUGCCCUGGAUGCCCCUCCAGCUGCCCGUCUGCGGCACGUCCGAGGACUACCAGGCGCUCUUCAACUACACCCGCAUGUUCUCCCGUCCACAUCGUCUGGCACGCUACUCUGACACUGGAACACCAGCUACCGACGAGGAUCAAGAGCGGACAAUAGUGCAGGAACUGGAGGAGGCGUGA